CGAAUUUUUUCUCUGUCCAGCAAACACAUUACCUUACGAUGCCUAUUGUUAUGUUACGAAUUUUUUUUUCUCGGUUCGUUCAACAUCAAAACUUUGGUUAUACGGUCAUUGACUUUAAAUGUUCUUUGAAGUGUGUCUCGAUAUAUCGGUGUAUAUACAUAGAUGGUUAAGAUGAAGAUUGCUUAUCAUUAAACAAAGUCGACAAUGCUAGCUAUAGUAGUGAAUAGUUGAUCGUGCAUUGAGCCAGAUAUUCAAGUUGAUUUUUCCGAUCAAGUUUAGAUAUUACUUUGUUUUCUUUUCUUUUUUUUUAUUCAAUUUUGAACGUUGUCAAAGUUCGAAUAUAUUUUCAUACCUGGAUCAUCUUUAUCAUUGACGAUGAUGGUCGACAAUCCAUCGCUAGCAUUAUCUAAAGAUGUAGCGCCAACUGUAAUGCUUCAUUUCUUUUCAUAGUUCAAAUAAAUCGAUGGUGAUUGAUGACAAUACAAAAUCCAAUGAAAAAAUGAAUGAUUAUAUCCCAAUCUUAAAUGGCAGGGAUCAAGAAGAACCGCCAUCAUCAUCAUCAAUUGUUGAUUAUCAUCGUUUGCCACAGGUAUGGCAAUGUAGAGCUUUAAAUUUCAAUAAAAAUAUAUCGAAAAAUUUAAAUGCUGGAAAAUGUUGUAUAAUUGAGAAAACAAAUAGUAAAAUGAAAAUUAAACACGAUAUAAAUAAUUUUUGUUAUUCAUCGGAAUCCACACGGUCAAUUACAUCGAAUUCUUCGAGUUUAAUGUGCCUGUCAACUGAACAUCUAAUUAAACCUACAAACAAACACAAUCGCUAUCAUCAUUAUCGCCAUCAUUAUAAUAACAAACAUAAUCAAAGAUUAUAUAAAUCAGCUAUGAAUUUAGAUCAACGAUCCAAUUAUUAUAAAACAUCAAAGAUUCAAAAUCCAUAUUUCAUCCGUUUAGACAAUCAAUAUGGCCAACCAACAAAAUAUUUUCAUACACAUCAAAUGCAUCAUAAAUUGCCAUCUUCAAGAGAUAUACGAGAUUAUUAUACCGGAAUCCAUCAUCAAACACCAUCAUAUUCAUGGUUUCCAUCGGCAACAUAUUUUUAUCCGACUAACGUUGGAAGGAAUCAUACCAUAUUUCAGCUUCCAACCAAUCAUGGUUAUCAUCCUUUAUAUUCUAGUCAAACAUUUUAUCCAGGAGCUUAUUUUCCAACAACAACAUCAUCGACAGCAAUAUAUCCCAGACAACCAAUGCGUAUGUCAUAUAGUCAACCAUACACUAAACAACUGCCAACUUCAUUGAAAUCUGAAUUCAACAGCAAAAAUCAAAUUCCAACAAAUUAUCAUCAUCAUCAUCAUCAUAAUCAAUAUAACAGUCAAAAAUGUAAACUUUUAUCAAAAACAUCGACCAAUACUAAUGGCCAUAUAAUCGUUUUGGUGGUCAUACUUUCUGUAAUCGCAAUCGGUGUCGUUAUGGGAUUGAUACUGGCGAUAACAAUCAAUUAAAAAUAGUCAUGAUCUCACCAAUUUUAUAUUCAAUGAAUUCAAUAUUUAUUCAUUUCAAGUUAAUCACAGAAAUACGAUCGUCUUACAUGGUCAUCAUUCAUUUUGUAUAAAAUAAAUAAUUUUC